AAACAAGCAAGCUAUGAGGAUGAAAUGAUAGAAUGGCAGAUACAUAGUUUUCCAAUUUUUGGAGUAAUACCAAUAUAAAUUGAAAAUUAGCUUACCAAGAAAUCUCAAAAAAUAUUUAUAACAUUAAAAUAUUUUUGAAAAUAAAAAUAAUCAGGCCUUCAUGGGAAAAAUGCAUGUAUUAUGUUGUUCUAUCAUAAUUCAUAUUAUGCCACUCUAGUAGACUAGCAUUCAAACGAUAAAAGCACAAAACCGAAAACAUAACCUCUCAGAUUCUACUUCACUCAUCUCAUCAUCACAGAGAAACGUUUGCUUGUGUUGAACUACCAUUUUUUAUUUGUUUUAUUUCAAAUAUAUCUUGACAGAAUAAUUCAGAUAUCUAAUUAAAGGAUUGUUUCUCCAUCUGGAAUUAUCUUCACUUCACGUUCUGUUACAAGAGUAAACAUUAAUAAAAAUGAAUCCUAUGACAAAUGUGAAGAAUAUAAAAAAGCUGAGUGAACAAGAGUUAACUAUGGGAUUAAAAACAUCAUGGCAUGAUCAGUAUAAAGGGAGUGCUUGGAUAUUUAUUGGGGGUCUGCCUUAUGACCUCACUGAAGGCGAUGUUCUCUGUAUAUUUUCCCAGUACGGAGAAAUUGUAAAUAUCAAUUUGGUCCGUGACAAAGCUACAGGCAAGCAAAAGGGCUUUUGUUUCAUUUGCUAUGAAGAUCAACGAAGUACGAAUCUGGCAGUGGACAACUUGAACGCGAUUAAGGUUCUUGGACGUACUAUAAGAGUAGAUCAUGUGGCUGACUACAAAGCACCGAAGGAUAUAAAAAUUGAGGACCCUGAAAUGGAGAGACUGCGCAAAGAAGGAUGCGCGCCAUCUGUCCAACCGCCUUUCGACCUCGCAAAUAUCAAAAAAGAACCUGACCCGCCUGAAAUGAAAUUGAAGAAAGUGAAGAAGGAGAAAAAGGAGAAGAAACGGAAAUCCAAGAAAAAAAUGAAAGCUACAAGGUCAAGUUCACUAGACAGCUCAUCGGAAACUGAGAGAAGAAGAAAAUCGACUAAGAGGAGUUACUCUUCUGAUGAUAGUGAUUCUGACAGCAUCAAUGAUAAAAAAACAGUAAAAAAGAUUAAAAAGAAACAUUCUAGGUCCAGUGAAAGUGAUUCUGAAGGUGAAGAUGAUAGAAAAACAGUGAAAAAGAUUAAAAAGAAGCAAUCUAAAUCCAGUGAGAGUGAUUCUGAAAGCGAAAAUGAUAAAAAAACAGUGAAAAAGAUUAGAAAGAAACAUUCUAGGUCCAGUGAGAGUGAUUCUGAAAGCGAAAAGGAUAGAAAAACAAUAAAAAAGAUUAAAAAGAAGCAUUCUAGGUCCAGUGAGAGUGAUUCUGAAAGCGAAAACGAUAGAAAAACAGUGAAAAAGAUUAGAAAGAAACAUUCUAGGUCCAGUGAAAGUGAUUCUGAAGGUGAAGAUGAUAGAAAAACAGUGAAAAAGAUUAAAAAGAAGCAAUCUAAAUGCAGUGAGAGUGAUUCUGAAAGCGAAAAUGAUAAAAAAACAGUGAAAAAGAUUAGAAAGAAACAUUCUAGGUCCAGUGAAAGUGAUUCUGAAGGUGAAGAUGAUAGAAAGACAAGCAGAAAGGCCAAAAGGAAACAAACUUUCAGUGAAAGUGAAGACGAAGUACAUUCGAGCAAAAAUAAACAUAGCCGGCCAUUUAAAGAGGAUAUGAGUGAUAGGGGUUACAAACUGCAGAAACAUAAACAUUCUUAUAAAAGUGAUGAUAGGCGGGAUAUUUCUGAUUCCUCUGAAUAUUACAGCAAGCAUAGGAGGAAUCAUUCUCAUAGAACUGACAGGAAAGGGAGAUAGUGGAAGGAAAGAAUCAUUUUAAACUAUGUCUCCUUAUGCUCCUUGAAGCGAGGAAAAUUGUAUUUUUACGGCAGUUUCUAGCUGGCGCACAUAGCUGAUGGUACUCUAUCUUGCACGAUAUAGAAUUUAUUUAUUUGUUGGUACAAUUACAAAUCAAAUUAAAACAUGUUUGUGAUUUUCAAAGAAACUUCUCGUUCAAUUGCAAUCUAAAAGUGUAAGAAUAAUGUAUUAUAGGCUAUUUAUAAUAUAUAUUUUAUUUUAGGGCUUGGAUAACUAGAAUUCUAGAUAAUGAAAGAUCUUUCUUCAAGUAAUGUUCACAAUAAUUGAAUGUUCAUGAAGUGAACAAAUCAAGUGAAUGUUCAUGAAGAAUCAAUGAAUUCAAAUGAAGAAUCUUGAUUCUUGAAGUAUAUUAGCCUCAGAUCGACAUUUGACAGGCAACAAAAAUAUUCAAUAAAAUUGUCAAGUAUUACUUGAAUGUUAUGUUCCGUGGCUUGUCACAAAUUAUAGGCCUACUAAUAAAAAUCCAAUUUUGGAUGUUCUUCCAUAA